AUGGCGACCGCGACGGCGCGACGAUCGCGCGCGCGCGCCGAGGAGACCGCGGACGCGGACAAUCGCGCGCGCGCGAGCGACUCGGGGGUGACGAAGCGCGCGAAGACGACGGCGGUGACGGCGACGACGGGAGGGAUGGACGACGACGGUGCGGACGACGUGGACCGGGCCCCGGCGUCGAACUCGGCGUACGUCGGGGUGCGAGACGCGGACGUUGGGGAACUGUCGCAGAGGUACACGCAGCGGGCGGAGGAGGCGUCGGGGGCGCUCGGAAACCGCGCGGAGCACCUCUCGGCGGAGGAGCGCGAUAGACUCACGAGCGAGGUGAUGCGGUACGUGCUGUUUGCAUCGCAUCGCGACCAAGGGGCGCCGAUUCAGCGGACGAAGAUCUCGGACGCGAUGUCGGCGAUCGGGGGGGCGGGCGGACGCGCGCGCGCUGGGUCGUACAUCGUGGCGCUGGCGCAAAAGAAAUUUUUGGAGAUUUUUGGGUACGAAAUGGUGGAGUGUUCGCGGGCGCAGAGUAAGAAUAAGAAGCCAGCGAAGACGCUGGAGCAGGCGAACACGGCGCCGGCAAAGUGCUUCGCCUUGAGGAGCGUUUUACCGGCGCAAAUGCGUAGAAAGUUUGUGGACGAUCCAAAGUCGGCGCCGGCGCGCGGAUUCACGCUCGUCGUCGCGGCUCUGAUUCAAAUCUCGAGCGGGUGCAUCCGUGAGGACGCUCUGUUCGAACAGCUCAAGGUUCUUGGGAUCAACGACGACGUGCGCGAGACGCACGCUGAAUUGGGUAGCGUCGACGCGCUGCUUCAGAGUCUCGUAAAGCGCCGAGUCUUCCUGCGAGAGCGCACGUCGCACGACGACCCAUCCCUGGGGUACUCCUACGAGCUCGCCGAGGGCGCGGAGGCGAUGAUUGGAUACGAAAAUAUCGAUAAGUUCGUGAACGAGAUCAUGCGCUCGCAGGUGGCGGUGAAUUGA